GGAAUUCCGCAUGUGUGUGUGCAUACAUGAUAAGUUCAUGCAAUUGCAAUGAAAAGACUUAGACUGAAGAUAUCAACUAGGUUUGUAUUUGUCUGAACCUCGGAAAUGGAAUAUUGAUUAAUAAUCGUCUGUCUAAAUGAAUUUAGAUGAUAAUUAUCAAAACUGGUAAAUGAUGAUGUUGCAUCGGAAAUCUCACUUUCCCUCCCACUUUCACUUCCUAGCCAAAGUCAAUUCUCAUCCCAUCAAAAGCUUCAUUAUUUGUCAGCAGUAUCGACCAAUAUCAAUACCAAUACCAAUAUCAAUAUCCAACUACACUCCUAAAGCCAAACUACCUUUUCGAUCUCUUACCACUUCAUCUCCCUAUCAUAUAAAAAAAUCAAUCAAAAUGGAUUCCAAUCCCAACUCGGAGACUGUUAUCGUAAGAUUUGUAUUCUCUACAUAUCAUAAAUAAUCUUGAUGAAUAUUAUAUAAAUAAACCAAAACCAGCUAACUUUUCAAUUCCAGGCAAUUGGUCAACUAUGUUCCACAUCCAACAUUGAACAAAAUCUCCUCACCUGUCAAAAGCUUGCCCAGGAAGCCUCAGAACAAGGAGCAAAAGUUUGUUUCCUUCUUCCUUCCUCCUUCGUCUUCCCUUUCCCCAUAUUCCCCAUCUUUCAUCCCUUCUCAAUCGCCUUCCCCCAACCCCCAACCCCCAAUCUCAAUCCUCUUCUCUCAAACACCCAUCUCAUCCCAUCCCAAAAUCUAGGCCCUCUUCCUCCCCGAAGCAACAGACUACAUAACCACUCCGGGGUGCCCCCACCUCCCUCGCCCUCGCCCUCCCAAUAUCCACAUCCCCCUUCGUACUCGGUCUCCAAAGCACCGCCAAAUCGCAUACCCUCGCUAUCAACGUCGGGAUUCACGUGCCGAACCUCGACGGCACAAAAGUUCUCAAUAGGAGUAUAUGGAUUGAUGAGUUUGGGACGAUUGUAGGUCAGUAUGAUAAGUUGCAUUUGUUUGAUUAUGCGGCUGCGGGUUUGAGGGAGAGUGAUAGUGUGGAGGCGGGAGUUAGGGUCGAGGAGCCUGUGGAGACGGUUGUGGGGAAGGUGGGAUUGUUGAUUUGUUUUGAUGUAUGUCUUCUUUCUUUUUUUCUUCUUCUUCGAUUCUCUUAUUUGAUGCCUUUCUGGAAUUUCAAAUUCGUUGAUGAAAUGAGUGAGGUUGAACAUUCAAGUGUUGUGUUCUCAAUACCUUAUUACCCCAUGAAGGAACCUAACCAUAAAAUUUACAUCACCCCUUCUCUCCUGGAGAACUCUACUCCCGAGAAACAAUAAAAUUUGAACCCGAGCAUCACACCACCAUCAAAUAAAUUAAAUACUCAAUCAAGAGCAAACUCACCCUGCAAAACAAAACCACCCAACUAACCUCAGUCGCCGUCCCAACUUCUAGCUCCGCUUCCCUCUCCCCUCCCUCGCCCUCCGUACCCUCAACACCCAAAUCCUCACCUACCCCUCCGCCUUCACCGUACCCACCGGAAAACUGCACUGGGAAAUCCUCCUUCGAGCGCGAGCCAUCGAAACCCAAUCGUACGUCAUAGCGGCCGCGCAAGUAGGUGCGCAUAAUUCGAAACGCGUCAGUUAUGGACAUUCGAUGGUGGUUGAUCCGCAGGGGAGAGUUGUGUUGGAUAUGGGGGAGGAAGGUGGGGAGGGGGGGAAGCUGGGGAUUGCGAGGAUUGAUUUGGGGAGGGUUAAGGAGGCGAGGGAGAGGAUGCCGUUGGUGGCUAGGACGUAAGAGUCUCUUUUUCGGGGGAGUUGUAGUGUAGUGAUUUGAGGUGAUUUGCUGACUGGGGGAUUUAGUGAUGUUUAUACGGGACUAUGAUGAUUGAAGG